ACCAGUGAGACAGAAGAGAAGAACAAAGGUACACAGAGAAAAGGAAGAGCUUCCCACCUCUUCCGCGCGUGCUCUUGUUUUAAAGAAGAUAAAUUGGAGGACUUUUAGGAAGCAGGGAUUUUUUUUCCUGUUUUGUUAUUCUUUAUUCCUUUUCCCAUGGAGUGCCGUGGACUGAGCGCGUGGCAUAUCGUCCUGCUCCUGUGUUCUGCUGCCUCCGCACGUUUUCUCAGAGAUGCGAAAAAUGAAACUAUAAGCAACCAAGGCACCUGCUACUACAACGGCACCUGGUUUAUGGAGAAGGAGGAGUUGCCGACUAGGGGCUUGUGUCUGAUCUGUCAUUGUUUUCCUGGAUUCACAGAGCCCAAUGCCUUCACAUGUUCCGUGAUCGAUUGUCCGUGGGAAGAUUACCACAGGAGGUUUCCAGGAUGUACACCGAUCUACGCAGACAGAGACUGUUGUCCCAUAGGAUGGGAAUGCGAUUACGGAACACAAAAUCCGGUGCAACAAUUGUCUAAAGAUCCCCAGUGCGACUGCGAAUGGCGGUAUUUGAAGCAUUAUGAAGCUAAGGGUUGUCGGCCUGUUUACGAAGAGAAACCAUUAAGCGGAAAACCAUCCUGCACAUGUCCCUGGAGGUUUGACUGCUCACAGGCCGACGAAAUACAUGCCGACGAUAGAGUCUGUGUGUACAAAAAACAUGUCUAUCCUGUGGGAAAGAAAAUAGAAACAAGUAAUCCAUGCGAAUCAUGUUCUUGCGUCACAGAUUACUUCACGCAGGCUGCUACCAUAUCUUGUACAACUACAGAGUGUCCUUCUGUUUAUUCACAGACGCCUUUACCAGAAGGCUGUCAUUAUGUCUACAAAGAAAACGAAUGCUGUCCUACUAGAGUAGAAUGUCCUGCGGCUCAGAAGGAUAAUGAAUACAAAAUUCCUACCUGCGAGUACAAGAGUAAAAUGUAUUAUGAAGGUGAACAGAUUUACCCCGACGAAGAUCCGUGCUUAAUAUGUUUAUGCAACCAAAACUGGACGGGGAUCAAUAGCACAAGUUGCAGGCAACACGAUUGCAUGCUGGAGAGAGAUUCGAGGAAGUUGAAGCAAGGAUGUAUUCCCAUAUAUCACGAGAAGACAUGCUGCCCCAUCGAUUAUCAUUGCGGUGAGCCCGAUGAUGAUUUUGACUUCAAAGGAAAUCGCGGGCCAAGUUUUAAAUCGGAUGACGAUGAAGACGAGAUGUGCUUCUUCGAAAGCCGAUACUAUCCUAUUGGCCACGUUCUUGAUAUCAAGCAUCCAACAAACUGCGUUACUUGCACUUGCAAGACCCCUCCUGACUUCACAUGUAUACACAGCUCAUGCCCUCCCCCUCCUAAUAACGAUUACACGAACUGCAGAGCUAUUUACAAACCAAAUUCAUGUUGCCCUGACUACACGUGCGAAGAAAAAACAAGUAAGACUUGCCCGGAUCCCAUUUGCAAAGGGACUAACUGCUGGCUGGUUAAACAGGAUGAUGGGUGCCACAUUUGUCGUUGCAAGUCCCGUUGCGUGCCUUGCCCUCCCAUGUGCCAACCCGAGAACCCCGAUAACGAGUGUUCCGGAUGCAUUUGUCAAAUCAAUAGCACCACCCUCUUGGAUUUCGAAAAUGCGAAGAACACAGAAGUUAACGAAACUCAGCAAGAAAAUUCUCUUCAACAACUUAUACAAGAAUGCAAAAAAAUGCAGUGUCCAUCUGACGAGAGGUGCAUGCUAGUGGAAGAGAAAUGUGAAAAUGAACCAUGCUUACCAACUCCGAAAUGUGAAAAAGUAGCAUUCGGAUGUGGCCAGCAGUCUUGCCCUGAAGGAUGUGAAGAAAUCGGUUCUUAUGAAAGCAGCUGUCCUUUAUGUUACUGCAAAGCGCAGAAUGACGCUUCACAGUACAAACUCACGUGCCGCGUACAGUCUUGUGAAGAGAACUGCGUAUUGACCGGCAGAGACGAAGGAGGCUGUCCGAUCUGCAAAUGUCCUCAGGGCAAUCUUGAAGAACGUGCAUGCGCCAAUUCUCCAUGCAGAGGAUACAACUGCACAAUGGCAGUGAAUUCCUUGGGUUGUGCUGAGUGCCGAUGCCAGUUAUCCUGCAAACCUAAAGAGUGUCCAGCUGGCUGUGACAUGGAUCUUGACGUACCGGAAAACAGUGGCUUAGAAUGUGGAUGUCAAUGCAAAAACUCGUCAACAGCAAUGGAAUACAUCCGGUCUAAAGCUAUACCAGAAAAAUGCGCUCCAGUAUCCUGCCAAGGACUUAAUUGUACAAUAGGCGAUGAUGCAUCUGGAUGCCCAUUUUGCAUUUGCAAAUCUCCUUGUCCAGCUCUUGAGUGCCAAGAAGGAUGCCAAGUGGAAAAAGAGGUUGCCGAAGUUGGCCGAUGUCCGCGGUGCGUGUGUAAACUUUCACGAUCAGAAAGGGAUAACGCUGUAAAAGAAUGUCCCCCACCGACGUGCCUGGGUUACAAUUGCAGCGUCAUAACGGGAGAGGACGGCUGCCAAAAGUGCCUUUGUGAAUCUCCAUGCGAAGAAAACCCGCAGUGUCCUUCCCACUGCGAACUGGAGAAAACUGUUCCCGAAGGGAGAUGCAGGGGAUGCGUUUGUUCCUAUGGCGAAAAUUCUGAUACAGAAGGAAAGCCAUCACAUGAUGACGAGAAAGCUUCUGAUGGUACAGAAGAAGACGGCGAGUUAGAAAAACGGGAAGACUUGGAGGCAGAUUUCAUACCUUUACCUAGCAAAGAACUUGUUCCUAGCGUCGACAAAAUUUUCCUUAUCCAUGGUGAUCAUGAUCCAGAUCAGUAUGCUGGUGUGCCAGGUUAUCAUUAUGAUGGUGGCCAUGCUUAUCCAGUAUUCGGAGAACAUUUAGAAUCCGCCUUGUACAACACAGAAGAUCAUGUGCCUGAAGAGGCUGAAAGUGAUCAACCAGAAGAAAGUCGAGAAGAACAUUUCAACCACGAAAAUAAUGAAGACAGACUGGCAGGAAAUUACGGCAGUGAAGGAGAGGAAAACUCUUUUGAACCAGAAUAUGCCGAGGAGAAGACUAUCGAGGAUGAUGAAGAUGAAAAAUGUGCGCAAAAGGACUGCCCUGAAGGUCAGAAAUGUGUAAUCAGGAGACUUCAGUGUAUUCGCACUCCUUGUCCAACAAUACCUGUCUGCAUUGAUGUCGAACCUCGCUGCCCAAUACCAAUGUGUGCCAUAGGUUGUAUGGUCAUGAAAUGGGAUGAUGAAGUUUGUCCAUCCUGUUUCUGUGGCAUUAUCAGAGGAGCUGAAGGUCGUGUAUGCCCCCGAACACGAUGUUUGGGUAGAAGAUGCUAUAACGUGAUUGGAGAUGAUGGCUGUCCUGUAUGCAAAUGUGAUUCUAUCUGCAUUCCACCCAAAUGCAGUGAUGGAUGCUGGGUAGAAUCUGAUCCUCCAGAAGGAAAAUGUCCCACGUGUACCUGCCCACAGAGAAGCACAAUAAUGCAACCAAUAAUUCCAGGAACAUCUCCCGCCAACAACACAACAGGACCUCUUGUAGAAUCUGGAAGUGAUAAUGAAAUCCUUGAAGAUUCGAUUGAGGAUUCAGAAGAGUACCAUACUGAAGAUACACUUAACGAAACAAUUCUAAAUAAAGAAGAAGUCGAAGUCAGAAGCCCAAGCAGAUCUCCUGUAACAGACUCAGUGGAGGAAAAUUCAUCUGAAGAAGAUGAUUACGUAGUUGAUGAGACAAAAUCACCAGAUCUGGCAGACGAAGCGAAAUUCGAUGGAGAUAGUUUCUCAGCAGACUUUUAUGAUUCUUUAGCAGAAAUUGAAGAGCAAGUGAAAUUUGAUGGUCAUACUACUGUUACAGUAAAUCUACCAACGACCGUAAAACCUGUAGAUGAUUUUGAGCCAUCAUCUGGCAUAAUUGAAAAUGAAUCAGCAGACACGUCAAUCAAAGAAAUUGAUUCGUUUGCAAUUGCCACAGGAACACAAAUUUCGGAUUCAGAAAUUUUAACUUCACGAAAGCCGGAGCCUUCAAAGGGAACACAGCGACCAUUUAAAAGAAAAUCAUCAGUACCUGUUGCAUCUACCACACCAUUAGUGGAAGCCACAACUGUUUCUGCUGAAAUACCAGAAAAAGAGUUAACAGCAACAUCGAAGCCAUGUAUGCUAAAACCAAAUGUAUCAGAUGGCAAUGCUGAAGUUGAACCGUAUGAAGUCGUUUCUGAAGAACCCAAAUCUACUACUCCAGACAUUAAAGUUCCUACUGUAAAUCUAGACUCACAAAGGCAUACAAAGCCAACUCGUCAAUCAUCAACGAGAAAACCUCAAAGAAAGCCAUCUCCAGUUCGACGCAAACCAGUUUCCGAGGCGACAAGUAGUAGACUUCCCGAGACGCAACGUGUGCGACCUCAAGGUUCAAAUCCCAGACCAAAACCGAAACCCCAAGUUAGACCAAAUUAUCAAUCACCUUCAAGUAUCCAUUCAGAAUCAGAUAGGCUCCACAGUACUCGACCUGUAGCUAAUCACAAUUCCUCAAACAAGCGGAAACCAACUCCCAAGCCGCAAAGUUCUUUGCCCAUUGAAAAGGUGCCUGUACUAAAAAGUAAUGAAACAGAUUCUGACAACAGUAUGAAACCUAUCUUACAAAAUCUUCAACAGCUUAUGUCAAAUUUACACCAAGUUCUUUCAAAUCAUCAAAGACCAGCUACUAUUGGAGGGAGUGUGGAAAGUUUGAAGCCAGCUGCUACUUCGCAUGUAUUAGAUAGCAAAAUUGAUACAGCAAGCAAAAAUAAUGCAGUACAGAAUGUUACAUUUUCAGAUAACAUUAAAUUGUCAGAGUUACAAACACAAAAGCAGACUGCUCAGAUCCCAGAUGCGGUUCAGUCACAAGAAACAAGUACUCAGGAUCCAUCUGCUUCACAUUUAUCAUCAGAUGUUGCUUCUGAAAGAGACCGAUCCAAACCAUCCAAAGUGAAGGCAACUACUUCAGAAGAAAAGAUAGAGGAACCAAUCAAUAAAAAAAUACCAAAUCAAGGUCAAGAAGAAGAAGAUACAAAGCCAGAAUCUCAGACUCAAAAUGAAUCAAUUUUGCAGCCAACUUACGGUAGCCAAAAUUUACCAUUUGUGCAGCAGCAUUAUAUGGGAAACCCAAGCAUUCAAGGUAUAUAUACAUCACAUAUUUUACCUAAUCAGCAAAUGGUACAGUCAAUGCUACAGUCAGGUAUAAAUCCUCAAUUUCAUAUUUUCCCUCAGUUUCCAUAUCAAAGUAAUCACGCUGGAUUACAAGCUAUCGGAUUUAUGCAUCAGCCUCAAAUUGGCAAUAUUCCGUAUCAAAGCAAUAUUCAACAGCAUCAUCCUGCUUCCUCUAUUAUUCACAGUUCACCUGCUGUUAUUAACUCGCAUGCUUCUCCUCUUGGAUCUCAGCCUAAUGUAUUAAACUCUCAACAAGGUUCAUACUAUCCGUCAUUACAACAGCCAUCCUUUAUUUCAAAUGUAAGUCCAUUACAGCAUGAGCAAUAUAAUCAAGCCCAGCAACUUCAACAGAUACUAAAAACAAAUGUUCCAAUUCCUCCAUCGUUACAACAACAACUCAAUGCUGGAACGCAAACUCUGGGAAUUUUACAAAAUUUCAUUAACCAAGUAAAUAAUCCAUUACUUCCACAACAAGCUGUACAGUCACAAAUAUCGCAUAUACAACAGUCAAGCGCUGCUGCUUCUGAAGCAGAGCCAUCAAACCAAGUAAUACUUCAUUCUCAGAAUGAUUCUAAUUCCUUAUCACAUCAGCAGAAAGAAACGCAAGCUUCACAACAGCAAGAAACUUCUGAACCAAGUAACGUCACCUUAUCAGUACAACAGCAGUAUUUUAAUGAUCAAACGAUAAAUCACCAUGCAUCUAACAGAAAUAAAACCGAAGAUAUUAACGAAAACGUUACUCAACCACAAGAACAAUUACCUCAGCAGCAAAUGGAAACAUCCUUGCAAGGACAGCAGUUUCUCAAUGAAUCUUCCUCUCACGUGUCUUUAAAUCAACAAGAUAAUAUUGAAUCUCAUUUCCCUGAAGUAGCACAAGAAGCUGUCAAUCAAACUGAAACAAAUGCAUCCAUUUCAAGCCAACCAUUUAUGAUGCCGCCUUUUCCCCACUUUUCUAAUUCUUCUGCUGUUAAUGAAAAUAAGCUCUCCGUUGCCUACGAAAUUCAGAGCGAGGAGCAAACGAAUAUUACAGUAGCUUCACCCGAAGCUACAUUUGAAUUCCAUCAAUUUAAUCAUCAUGUUCCAUCUCAGUUUCCAAGUCAAGGAGAACAGUCAAGUGAAUCACAAAGUGAAGAUAAAGUACCAAGUAUUCAUAUCCAAAACUUCAAUCAACCAUUGCAAAUCCAGUCACAUCACCAAUAUCCCACAAAUGGAUCUUUCUCUCAGGUCUCCUCGGUUCUUACGCCCCUUUUGGAGCAGAAGGAAACCUCUGUACAGAAAGUUCAAAAUACGCAACAGCAGCAGCAUCUUGAUAGACUAACCAUUCAGAGUCAGAAUUUACAAGCUCAACUCCAGCAAAUGCAAGCGCAGCAAUCUCAACAGCAAAGUCAGAUAAAUCUAAUACAGUCUGCGCAGCAGCAAUAUAUGCCACCUAGUGGAAAUCAGAUGUUAAAGCCAUUAACUAAUAAUCAUCAGAUUGCAGACAGCAGCAGUGUAGGUCAUGUUUUACCCGCUCAGACUUCUUCUGUUACCCAGAGUGAACAUCAUCAAAAUGCUAACCAGGAAAACCUUAACAAUGUUCACGUAACUUCUCAUUUUAGGCCUUUUAAUCUAACAAUUACACAUUUUGCUCCCCAUGAGACUUCAAAUUUACAAAAUGCUCAGUAUCACCAAGAGACUCAUCAAGACAGUCAAAACAAUGUUCAUAUAACUUCUCAUUUUAGACCGCUUAAUAUAUCUGUAUCCUCUCCCAUUCAACAACAAAGUUCAGAAGCUCAACAACAAAGUUCAGAAGUUCAACAACAAAGUUCAGAAGCUCAACAACAAAGUUCAGAAGCUCAACAUGUUCAUCAAGCUCAAAAUGUGUUUGUGUCAGCCGUUAGACCCAGCCCUUCUAUUGGACAUCAUGUUCAGCAACCAAGUCAGCAGACUGAUAUGCAUUCUCAAACCUAUCUAUCGAAUGACAGAAAUCAGCCAGGUGAAACUUUACUAAAUGUGCCUCCAGCAGUAGCCCAUCCUACUCAGCAACAGACUUCCAUUUCAAGUGAUGGGUUAGGUGCAUAUCAACCGAAUAAGGAAAAUGUCCAAGAUAAGUUUUCUACGUAUCAGCUAAAUAUCAAUCCCCAUGAUACAUCAUAUGAGAAUCAACAAAAUCACCAUUUUCAAUUUUCUGCUGAAAACAAACCUCUUGCACAGCAAAAUUCACAUAUCCAGUUAAAUUAUCCACACAAUAUCCAAAUUGUACAAAACCAUCAACAAGAAUAUCAUAAUACACCCUUAGUAGUGCAGGAGCAGAAUGCUGUACAACAUGACGUACAAGCGGCUAAUUCACUUUUGAAGGAAAAUGAAGCGUCACAUGUACAUCAUGCAGCUACAUAUCCUAGCAACUCAUUUCAUCAACAACAGAACCAAUUCUUGCAUGAAAGCGUAAAUGAUAAACUAAAUAUUCAACAGAUAAAUUCUCAACAGCAUUAUAUUAGUAACCACAAUAUUCCCUUGUCUCAAGAAAAUUCUAAUCACCAAUUUGUAAUAUCUCAAACAAAACCUUUAACUAAUCAGCAUCAAGAGAAGCAACCGUCUAUUAACAUACAUGAAAACCUGGAUCAACAGCUUCAAACACAGCAUUCUGUAUCAAGCAUAUCAGAAAUACCUUUAGGAAACAAUCAACAUCAUCAAAUACAUAGCAAUCAUUAUCAGUCACAGCAUUACCUAAGUAGCCAUGAAAAACCUUUGUCUGUGCAAAACAUUCAAGAUCAAUAUUCUAGUGAACAAACGCAGGCUUUCCCAAUGCAGUCGCCGCAAGUUUCAAAUGGCAUAAAUAAAUUAGCUGCACAGCAUCAUCAAUAUCAAAGUCAGAUGAAUGGAAUUUCAUCACAACAACAGCAUCAACUCACACAACAAUUUGCCAAUACGCAAGAUCCAUUCCAUAAACAAGAACAGUUAGAACAACGUUACGGAAACAGGCCUGUUAGUCAUCCUCAGCAGCCUGAAAAAUCUAAUCUAAAUGAUCAUAGCAUUCCUGUACUCGAGCAGAAUAAGAAUAUUGCACCAGAACCUUCAUAUCAGUUACAAAAUCAGCACCAUUACAUAGGAACCAUAAAUAAUCCUUCAAUCCAACCUCAGCAGCAAUAUACAAGUUUCGAAAACCAACAGACAUAUAUAAGUUCUCUAAAUAAUCCAGUGGUACAAGCUCAGCAGCAAUCAAACAUACUUCAGAAUGUAGCAUCUAACCAGCAACAAUCUGUCAAUGUUCAUACUUCAUCCCAGCAGGAGCAAAUUCAUCAGCAGUACCUAAACAAAGACAAACCUUUAAUGCAACAACAGCAUCAGCAUUUGACUAGUACCAAUGAUAAACCAUUUAUCCCUCAGCAGUCACAACAGCAUUAUGUAGGCCAAAGUCAUUUCCCUUCACCUCAAGCUCCUACAUCGUUUAUUAAUGCACAAGGUAGUAAUCAAGAACCUCAACAACAAUUUCUCUCACAAACCAUUUCACCUGCACAACAAGUUCACCACCAAGAUAGUUCUCAGCAUAAAGAAAUGCACCAGCCUCUUGCAGGACAUGAAAGACCACUUGCUGUAAAUCAAUUUUAUCAACAAACAAGCUUUCAGCACAAGCCAGUUUAUGAACAGCCACAAAUAUUACAACAAGGCCUGAGUUCGUUAGAUAAAUUAACAUCACAACAACCACCAGCUCAACAACAGUAUGAAACCGCACAUAGUAAACCUCUUGUCCAGCAACAUCAGCAAUCAUAUGAAGAAUAUCAUAAUCAAAGGCUCAAACCUGCCCUGAUCCAGCAACAUUCCACUACACCUGGAUAUAUUUCAUCGCAGGAACAUCAUGUUCAGCAACAGUUUUCUAAUUCACAAGAAAAAUAUCAAAAUGACAAAAUCCAUGGAAAUUACGGUAUAAAAGAAGGUCCUACGAGCCAUGUGCAGUUACAAAAUGAUCAAGUCUCACAAGACACAUCUGCUCAAACCAUACAUGGUAUUUCUCAAGAAACGCCUGUUAUACACCAGCAGUUCCAAGACAGUUUAGGGUCACAUGAUGCCCACAAAAAUCCUUCAUUAAAUCAGCCUUAUUCUGAUGAAAGAAAUAGGCCCCAUUCACAGCAAUAUAUCAGCACUGAAAGACCUAACAUUUUACAGCUACAAAUCCAACAACAGUACGGGAAUUUUUAUGAUAAAGUACACCAACUUCAACAAGCUCAGCAACAAUAUAUUAGUUCAAGUGAGAAACCCCUUUCUUUACAACAGCAAAUGGAGCAACAUAAUACUAAUAAUCAGAAUAGAUUAUCUGUUCAACAACAGCAAAGUUAUCAGCAGGUGCAUCAAGUUCAACAACAAUACUUUAAUCACAACAUAAAGCCUCUUUCGCAUCAGCAGCAAAUUGAAGCACUUCACAUAAACUCUCAAGAUAAACUUUCCCCUCAGCAGCACCAGCAACAAAUAAAUCAACAAUAUUUCAGUUCGAAUGGAAAUCCUGGAUUUCAGGUACAAGAAACGGGGCAACAACAGUUUUCAAAUUUGCAUGAUGUUAAACCGUCCGCAAUGCAGCAAAAUACUCAAGAGCAGUACAAGCAGCCAGUCCAAUCUUCUAUAGAAGAAACCUUAACACGACCGCAAGCAUCUGAGCAAGUGUACGUGGAUAAUGCUUCCGGUCAUCAAGAUCAACAUUUUAUUAGCGAAGAUAACCAGUAUAUUAAUCAAGAACAGCCCCAGUUCAUGAAAGAGCAACAGUUUCAAGACAAUUUACACCAGCAGUUUGCAGACGCUAACAGGCCUCUACUUCAACAGCAACAUGAGCACGUAGCUGAACAUGAACAACAAACAGAUGUCAGUACAGAUGAUAAUCUUUUUGAACAAGAAGCACAUGUUGAGCAAUUUGAAAAGGAUCAACACCAUCAAAUGCAGAAUGACUACAUGCAUCAAGAGCAGCAAGAUGAUCAGCAAUAUAUCAAUACCAAUGAAAAACCGCUACUUCAACAACAAACUAAUCAACAAAUGUUCGAUGAUGAUAAAUAUUCAGCUCUCAAACCUCUCGCGCAAGUUUUUACUGCUGAAGCGCAGUCGGACAAGUAUGAUGUAAUUCAAGAAGACACUAUGAUUCCUAUUUUCACUUCAGAAGAAGAAGAUCCCAUACACCAAGUAGUUGCAGAUCUUAUACCAGAAAAAAAUGAUACCGCAGAAGAUGUUUCAACUCUAAGUCAACAGUCUGUGCCACCCUUUGAACAAACACAUUUAACACAUUCUUCUAGUAUUAAAACACGCCCAGGUCCCAUUGUUCGGCCCCAUUUCCAUCCUGUUGGUAUGCAGCCGUCAUCCACACAGUCACCGGUGGUUCAUGAUUUGUUUCCUGUUGCAUCUAGACCCUUGAAACGGAAACCUGCCAUUCAACAACAAGAUUUUGUUGAUCAACAAUUUUUUGAGGAAGAUAUUCCGCAGGAGAUUUCUGCUUUCGAAGAUGAAUACGAAUUUGAGGAAGAAACAACGCCAACAACUACAACAGUUACAACUCAAAAACCACGUCCUCCUUCUGUACGCCCUGUUACGCGCACAAAAAUAAAGCCUACAAGAAGACCGCCUAUUCGAUAUUCUACUACACGCACAACUAAGCGUCCAUCUACAACAACUAGCAAACCUAAUUUACAAGAACAAAUUUUAGAAAGUUUCGAUAACCAUCAGCCUGAUCCUAUAGAUAAUCAAGAACUUAUUGAAGAGUUUGAAACCACAACACCUAAAAAAUUCCUUUUUGUACGCACUUCAACAACCCGCCGACCUUCCACAAAAAUGCCUUCUACAACAAAAUCUCAAACUGCCUUUACUUCUCUCCCAACAGUAUCCCCAACAGCGGAGGCAUAUGGGAUGAAAAAGUAUUCAACAGCUCCAGCAAGCCUGGUACCAUCUUAUCACUGCCCAACACCACACUGCAAUGGCUAUAACUGCUCUCUUAUACGAGGAUCCGAUGGCUGUCAAAAAUGUGUUUGUGAUUCACCCUGUGCUCCUUGCCCACAACACUGCGUGAAAACGAAGACACUGUCAGAGGGACGUUGCCCUAUCUGUGACUGCACAGUUGUACCACCAGCAGCAAUAGGUUCUGCUCGUCAGUGCCCUGUAAUCGAUUGUGAUGGACCCAACUGUCGAAAGGUGCGUAACAAUGAUGGAUGUCUGACUUGUAUUUGUGAUCCAAAAUGCGUUGAACCUAAGUGCGAUCCAGGUUGUGAAAUUCUAAGAGAUGUACCACCAGGUCAAUGUCCUGGAUGUGUGUGCAAAGUAACCGUUGUACAAGCUGUAGUGCAUAGGCAACGUCCUUGUCCUCCAAUAUCUUGUCCUGGUAAGAACUGCAGACAAACGAAUGGGCCAGAUGGUUGUCCAACUUGUGUUUGUGAGCAGCCAUCAUGUCCACCACCAAAGUGUGAUCCAGGAUGCGAAAUACAAGCUGAUGUUGCUCAAGGACAGUGUCCCACAUGUAUAUGCCCUAGCUUCCCAGACGAAGAAGACGAUGAGGAUGAUGAACUGUAUUGUCCUAAUCUGUUUUGCGCCGAUUAUGGAUGCAGAGAAAUACCUGGACCAGCAGGAUGUCCUAUUUGUAUGUGUGAUCCUAUUUGCAAAACUCCUGUUUGCGAACCCGGUUGUCAAGUGGUCACAAAUAAACAGCAUGGCCGAUGUCCUGUAUGCAUAUGUAGUGCUCCACUGGAUGCUGAUCCUUCAGCCCCGUCUAAUAUCUCCCUACAAGCACAACCUGUAGAGACUAUUAAAAAUGUACAACAGCCUCAAUUGCAAGAAACGGUGACAUUCUCUGGGAUCGUGGAACCAGUGGUGGCGGAUGAAGACUCCAUGCAAUCCACUCUGCAUACAACAGUGACUGUUGAAGUUCAGACAGAACCACAGGAAGUGGAAGAAGAAGAAAGUACUACUGAAGAACCAACGACCAGUACUACUACCGAAAUGACGACGACGACGACUGAAGAACCUGAGCCUACCUGCCCGGCUCCUGUCUGUUCAGGUCUCAGAUGCUCCAUGGAAAUAGAUAGUGACGGUUGUGAAAUUUGCAAAUGUCGCUACAAAUGCCCAAAACCAAAGUGCGUAGGCAAUUGUUAUGCAGAAACCAAUGCCCCAGCACACAGAUGUCCUGGAUGCGUGUGUCCUCAAAGACCAAAGCCAAAACCUUGAAUUCUUCAAGCAGGUAUUCCUAGAAGCUGGUGAUCUUCUUAUGUGUCAGAAAAGACUUUUCGCAAUGCAGAAAGACUCUCAUUGCCAGUCCAGGGAAUGGUGAAAAAAAAACUGAACUAUGAGCUGCUUGAUACAAACACUUCACUAAAUAGAAAAAAAUACCAAAUCACUAAAUCGAAGUAUGGAUUGAACUUAAAAUUUUUAAAUUAAUGGUAAAGGGGUAAUGAGAAACCAUCGACUGGAAUUGUAUGCAGGAACUUUUCUAAUAUGCUUUUUUUACAAGAACAAAGUACGAACAAUCAACUAUAUCGUGCCAAAAUUAUGAAAUUUCAGUUAAUAUAGUAACUCUAUAAUAUCCCAUGUACUACAUUGCAUUGCCUCUUCUAAUAGUUAGAUUUUGUUUUUAAAUUUUAAAUUCUGAAAUAUUCUUUAUAUUCUUGAAUAACAGCGAAACAUUCUAUGUUGUUUCCAGCAUAUACGAAAAUUUGUAUGCAUAUCGGCUUUGAUUUUUAAAAGCUGUAUUUUAUUUUAAUUAUCCGUGCUUAUGCACUGAACUAUUUUUAUUGUGUCUGAUGCUCCAUCAGUCCAUCAUUUCAUUUGGUUUCGUUUGUUUUCCUUUCAUUGUGGAUGGGUGUUGAUUACACAUUUAUUUAUUUUCAUCCUGUUACUCUUCACUGUCAAGGCAGCUUGAUGUCAAAGUUCAGGACAUUCCGCCUUUCGGAGCGAGGCUUUAAACUAUGCACUUGAUUCCUUUUUAGAGUGAAGCAUUGUUUCUUCACUUCAUGGUAAAAUACAGCCUGAUUAUGCAGCUGCGUACAAUCAUCCUGUGAAUAGCUUUUAAAAAUACUUAUAUAUCUUGCUGUAGUAAUACAAUGCAGAGAAACUUUGAUUACUUAAUGAUUUCGGUGUGUCCUGCGCUAUGGUGUUAUAAUCCGUGACAGAAAAAAGUGUCUACUUUUAUGAUUACAAGCAUACAAGUACAUGACUUUAACUGCUUGGCCCUAUUUACUUUUAUAAUUGUUUUUCUAUGUCCUCAUUAUUUAUCCCCAAAAUACUUUCAUGAUAUUCAAGGUCAUACAUUUACUAACAGAAAUAAAUAUUCAUAAUUUUAUGAUAUAUAAAUUCAAAGACUAAACGUUUAACUGAAUGUGACUGAUUAAAAUCAGUUUUGACUGUGUAUACGUUUUUCCGAAAUUUUUAGUUAUUUUGUAUGCUUUUAAUCUAAUAUGAAAAUCUUUCUUUUUAUUUAACCUCAUGUAAUCGGAAAAGAACUUACUGAUUUAUCUUUUUGUCUGAAUUGUUCAAUAAGAUGCAAAAUAUAAUAUCUUAGAACACCGAGAAACAAAUCAGAAACAAGUUAUAUUUUCCCCCUCCUGUCGACUACUUUCUUUUGUAAUGUUUUGCCUAAAUUUUAGAUGACUAUUAACAAGAUAAAAAAAACUUAAGUAUAAAAUUUGAGAAUGUCAGCAACUUUUUUGUUUUGUAUGUGAUAUAACAUACUACAUGAUCUUCCCUCGAUUUAUAUACGCUGGCUGUGGUAAAAACUCAUUUUAAUUAAAUUGCUAUCGUUCUUUGAAUGCAGUAAGGGUAUGACUACUUCCAAAAGCUUCCUAAUGAAAUCUAAGUUUCUCUGCAAAAGCUUUCUAUAAUCUUACACAGUGCACAAUCUCUGUACAGUUGGAUACUGCGCACCUUUUAAACACGACACUUGUAAAGAAUGCAUCUAUUUAAUUGAACACAAAGCAAAGAGGCCUUUUAAAAGUAUGCCAAUGAAACUCAAUGUGCAUGUCUGCUGUUUUUACCUUAAAAAUGAACUUUUAAUUUAUUUCACAUUGUCCGUGCAGUUUUUCACAUUUAUUUAUUCAUUUGAGAAGAAAAUAGUGUUCAGAUUCAUGUAUUAUUUAUUUAUUUAUUUAUUUAUUUAUUUAUUUUAUUUAUUUACACUGGAAGUGUACUUUGCCAAUGCAAGAGAUUUUUUAUUCAUGUGAAUAAUAAAUACUCUUUUAAAA